AUGCGUAUCGCUCGGUGCCUCACGAGGAGCUUUUCGGCUGUUGCAUCUCCAAAGGCACAUAGCUUCAGCUUUAGUGGCUGCGGAUUUUUAAUCCCGUACCACUUAGGUGUCGCGCAGGGUCUACAGGAUGCUGGUUACAUCCAGGACAGCUCCAAGUUUGCCGGGGCUUCGGGUGGCGCAAUUGCUGCUCUGAGCCUAGCCGCCAACGCGAGCAUGAGCGACAUCCAAGAGGAGACAAAGGCCAUGGCCCGACUCUGUCACAGCCAGGGCACACUUUGGAAGCUCGAGGAGCGGCUACGCGCUACUUUUCAUACAAAGUUUGGUGAUUUGCCAGUAGAAACGCUGGCGCGGCGACUCACGAUCGCGACCGAGAAGAUGUGGCCCGCUAGAGUGAUGGUACUAACCGACGACUUCCACUCGACUGAAGACCUUUGCGACGCGCUUAUUGCCUCGUGCUAUGUCCCUUGGUACCUAGCUAGGCGAGGCACAUCGAUGUUUCGAGGGGAGUAUCACGUCGACGGAGGCCUCCUCACUUUGGUUCCUGAUGUCCCUGGAUACGUCAAAGUGUGUGCCUUCCACUCGCAUUUGCUGCGUCGUGCUGACUACGAGAUCAGUCCGUCGAUCGAUCCAAACUUUCCAUUCCCAAUUGUGCAAUUGGCACGCUUCGCGAUGAUCCCACCGCAGAUUGAAGUGCUGGAUCGAUUAUUUGAGUUGGGCCAGAAGUCUGCCAAUAUCUGGGCGGAGAAGCAGAUAAAGCUCUCAAAUUAACUCAAUGUGAAGGGAGAGCAGCAGAAUCUAUGGUGAUAAUGGUAACAUGAAGAUUAUGCGUAGACCUUUGA